AUGGGCACUGUGUUGCGACCUCUACACUGUUCCCUCGGUGGGGUGGACAUUAAGGCAACGGCGCCGACCAGGAGUCUUCCGGACAAUGCAGCCGGCCAAGUCCUUUUCCAACACCAAGAUUAUACUGCCAACCAAAGCAUCGAGGAUUGUCGAAUGGAAGAAGGUAGCGAUGGAGUUCCCGAGGCCGCCAGCGACGUCCAGGGCGAGUUCUUGUUCGACAGCUACGAACCUGAAGACGUAGUCUCGGAAACAAUGCUAUAUUCUCCCGACGGACACGCUGCAAUCUUGCCAGAUGCGUCCCUUGCCUUGGGGUUAAGGUGUGUCCUGUUCGACCAUAUCGAGGCAAUGAGAAUCGAAGCAGAACUCAAGAAUGAGCUUGGCAUCAUGGAUCCGAGGUCUGUAGAGGUCCAAGAGGAGAUUCAAGCCUUGGAGUAG